AUGAGAUGGACAGUUGAUUGGACUGAACAACUUGUAGAAUUUACCAUUUAUUUUUCUCCUAGUAAUCUUUCUGCAGUUUUAAUUGGAUUUUCUGAUCAUGGGAAAUUUGCAGGGAGUGAUUUUUGUAUUUACCAAGUGAAAAGUAGAAAAUUGACGGAUGGCUGGUUAGAUUCCAAUUUGGUUUUACACAAAGAUAUUAAACAAGAUUGUCAUUUAUUGGAUACCAGGACUAGUGUUGAGUCAUUUUUUCAAUUCCAAAGGAAAUUUUCAACGUGUGAUCCAAGAGACUUUAGAUUCGAUGUAAAUUUACUAAUUAAAUUUUUAUAGUAAAGAAAGGGAAUCUUAAUAAGACUUCGCUUCGGGAAUGAACUUAAGUCGGUGUUAUAACGAAAAUGAGACGGGAUAUCAGG